CAGGCUUCUGCUAGAUCCACCUAGACAGACUAGACACAGAAGUGUCGACGGACGAGUCACAAUAUUUGCUCCGGGUUCCAGUGAUAAAUUUAAAGUUCGAAAUGGCUGGGUUGUUCGGUUCACACGGCAAGCAGUUCUCCAUUGACGACGCGUUCGAGGAGGACAAUGAAGAAAUGAUUCGCGUGUAUGGCGCGACAACCGAAAGGUCGCCUUUGAAACCGAAGAACCGGAAUUUUGUGUCUGACGACGUGCUGGUGCGGAUAGAAGAGCCAGAAAGAACGCCCAUUACCAUUCCUCCCAGACUCAAAUUUGGAGACGAUACAACCUCUAGGGACAGCGAUUCACUUCUCCAAGAUGGAGGAAGUUGCUAUUCCACCAAGUUCGACACUUCUCAGUCCUGCUGGCACCACCCUAAAGUCCGCGAAAAUUGGAAAAUGGUUCUUGCUGCCACCAUGUUGCUUAUUAUUGGGAUUGGUCUUCUAACAACAGCCAUGGUGGUAACAUUUUCACCCGACACUGGGCUCCAAGGAUUUGUGUUUUUCGUCGCUGGCUUCAUCUGCUUCAUUCCAGGCGCAUAUCAUGUGGUCUACAUUUAUUUAGCUGUAAAAGGAAAGCGUGGUUUUGACUUCUAUCACCUUCCACUUUUUAACUGAGCUCAAUCAGCUACCAAUUUGGAGAAGAAACGUAAUAGAAGUUACCAAAAUGAUAGUGUAAGCAACAUUUAUUUAGUGGAUGGUGCUUAUUGCAGUAUCUAGAAAGUUCUAGUGUCAAAGCACAUCUAGGACUCUAGAUUCAGGAUGUACCAAGUAAGAUAAAUGUCAAAAGCAGCUUCUUAAAUAGCUCAGGAAGGUGUCCCAGGGACCAUUUACAAAUAACUAGCAUCUCAUCUACUACGUAAGGCUGGAAUCUAAGGAUGUCUCUCCUAGCUCAUCUUAAUUAUUAUUUAUUGUUGUGCCCGUUUGUAUGAUCUGUCAUUUAAGAGGCAAUAGUAUCUUUCAUCCACUGUAUGCAAAACCUCCUAGAGAAUGUAACAAUGAAAAAUGUAGAUCACUUUGUUUCCAUUGGUACUAUUUAUAUUUCACCUUGUCUUAUGUAAAGAAAAGGUUUUAUUUUCAGAGUUUUGCUUAUCUUGUAACUUCUUUAUUCUUCUUCAAACCUAUCUUUGCUCCUAAAUGUAUAGUUUGCCAUCAUUCAACCACUUAUAUUUAUUCAUUUUCAAUUUCUUUUUUUGUUCUGUUAAAUGUAUAUGUAGAUCCUUUUAUGCAUUGCUGGCUGUGAUUUCACUGUGCAAAGAUGUACAAAUUCUUCACCUAAGGCUUAUAGUGAUCACAAUUUUCUUUUUUCACUUUUUUUUUUUAUAUAAAUUGCUAUAUAUAGAAAUUUGUUAAAGAAAAUUGCCUGAUCUUUCUCCCUUAUGAAAUUGGUGGUAAAUCAGCUUCUUUGCCUUCAAUGAAUUUACAUUUACCCUAUGAGGCAAAGAAUUCAGAGGAUGAAAUGAUGAUGUUGAUCAUGAACUGUAAAAGAACUGUGCUAGUUUUAAAAUUUUGGAGUGGUGUGAUGAGUCAGUCUGAUCCAUGAAUUAAUGAUGAUAACAUAACAAUAAGGGCAUUGAUCUUUGCCCAAAUCAUUUAUUAGAGUAUACACUAGUGGCUUUGUGUUUGUUGUUUGCUGAUUAUGUUGAUCGUCACCUUAACUAUACAUAGAAAUUGAUGUGACAAUGGACUGUGUAAAUUUAGAAAGCUCUUCUAACACAUAAAUAAUUUAUUACAAGAUUUUUUUUUAACAUUUUGUUGCGUGUCCUUUCUCAGCCCAUCAAAUCAUCUAGUUUUAUUUUUUGUCAAGCAAGAUGCAGAGCAAACCAGAGUGUCUUUUAUGUCAAUGGUCUAGCUUAUGCUUUGUUUGCAUUUUAUUUGAAGUUUUACUUCCACUUUUUUUUUUUGUGAUAUAACACAUCCUUUAUCCAAUUACUAUUUUCUUUUGUCUCGCAUUAAAGCCAUCACUUGUGAUUAUUUUAUAAUUUUCUUAAGACUGAUAGCAGACUUAAUGUAGUUGUUGAAUAGGUUUUGAAUUUUAUUUAGUGUAAGAUAUAAUGUAUGUGCUUGAUUGAAGAAUGUAAAGCGUUGGAAUGAGCUUUGCUUUACUGAAGGCAGCAACUUUUAAUUUUUGGAAUAGUGAUACAAACCUCUUUCUUUUUCAUGGGUACGCAAUACGCAUACUCUUAAAAAAGAAUGGUGUUUGUUUGAAAAUUUCCAGUGUGGUUGAACGGGGAAAAUGCUCCUCAGUUUCUGAUUGCAUUGCUAUAUAUCACUCAAUGCAUCAUGCAUCUCUGUUUUAAGAGUUGAAAUAUUAGACCUGAAUAAGUGUACUAACUGAUUUGUAUUUCAGAUUGAUAUAAAUGUGUACUGUAUAUUGUGAAUCAUCUAGUAACUGUUAUCGUUUGUCAAAGUGUUGAAAUUUGGAACACAAUCAGCACCACCCUUCUGUCUAAAAUUUUCUAUAGUUAACCAAUGGUGCACAAAUCGGGAUCAAUUAAGUCAAAAAUGUAAGCACGUGUACCAUUGUCUUUUGUUGACUAAAUUUGAAUCUCUAUCUUUCAGACAGGAAAAAGGCAGGAUCUCAGCAUCAGAUGAUGAUCCUGAUAAUAACUCUGUUGUGCUGCUAAGUGUCAGUUCUGCUAACUGUUUCAAAAGUGUCCUUCAUUCCUCUUUUCUUCAAAUAAUACAGUACCUUUGACUAGACUAGCCAUGUGAUGUGAAAUGUGCAUUUUAAACAAAAUGUCUUGCUUGUUCAAACUUUGCACUUCUACUGGUAGAGCAAAGAUCACAAUAAUCUUUUGUAGUAUAAAAUGGCAAGAAAGAAUGGUGUGUUACAUUUCAUGUUUAAAUUAAAUUGUUGUGCACAACA